AUGCUUCCGCCCGGUCUCAUAAAGGUCUCUAAAUCAAAACUCAUCAAUCUGCCGCCCCUGAGUAGAAUUGAGACUCAUGGUAAGGGAUUGUUAACUCUGUGUUUAUCUAGCCGGCCAAUCUAUGUAAUUGGAAUGUAAUUCUUUCAGCGCUGCUUAACGAUGGCCAAAAGUCUCGGCCGUACAAAUUAAGGGACGGAGAGAAGUUCGUCAGCCACAUGAGUCGAUCCCCUUCCCCGCGACGAGAACCCUCCGCGUUGAAGAAAUGUUUCUCCGAGUCGGCGGAGACCACGCAGGAGAAGCGGAAAGAAGCGCGGAUAGGGUAAGUGUAACGAGAUCAUGCCCGUUCUCUCCGCCCCCAAAUCCAGCGCUUCUUUGUGUCUGCCGGGCCGUGCCAACGUGUCGGCAUAACCGGCUUUCCUCAGCUCCAUAUUAUUCCAUUAAAGCCGCGCGGGUCCUCUCUCCCUCUCUUUGGUCUCGGGCCAACUUUUUACGUAUUAUGGCCUUUCCAAAUUAUUUUUAUUGCCUCCCAAUAAAUAAUUGUAUCUGAUAUAUUAAUCAUAUAGGAUUACUGUAAUUUCGACCAUAAUUUUAUCGGUGUACGUGACAGGGGUGUUAGAAGUUGCCUCCCACAGGUGUAUACUAUCACAAAUAGUCGGAUACAUUGCAAUUUGCAUUUAUUCUUACAUAGAUUACAAUAACCCCGCUAGAAUCUCGAAGAUGACCUUGCGUAGGCUAUUAUCCAUAAUUUAUCGAAAAAACCCCUUCGUUCUCCUUCGAACAGGCUGAGGAAGCAGCGAUAGAUUAUAUCCGGGCAUUGAAUUCACUCGGAAAUUGUAUUUAUUUCAUGUUACGAGAUGUGUUAAACGAGAAGGAAUCGGGGUAAAUUGGAUUUUCACAUGCAGAGAGCUCUUUAUUGUGGCCAAAAAGCAAGACACCCAAAGUUCGUCGGCCUAUUUUUGAAGAUUACAGUAAUCCCGGCUAAACCCAAAUUUUCUGUUAUCUUUGUUUUUCAAUACUUUAUUUUAUGUCGGGAAAAUUGAGGAAUUUGUUUGAGAUCCUCAACAAUUCUGGCGCCAAGUCUAACGACAAGUCGGUAAAUCUGGGCCGAGAUCAUUUUAAGCGGCUCUCCCUCUGAAAUUCUCGCGGCUUUAGGUCCCCAGGGCAUGCACUUUCUUCAGGUGUGGGGAGCGGCGUUAAAUUUUUGUGACCCUCCCCCCUCAAAGAGAGGCUGUAUUAAUAAAAAUUUAAACCGGUUUUUGUGUUCCCCUCAGGGCAUGCGAGGAGAGAUUGCGUGCUUUGGCCAAAACUUUUUCCAAAUUAUUGCCGGAUAUAUCCUGUUUAUGAGGUCUGCAGGUGCCGCAGGCAAGUUUAAUUAGGUUAGGUUGAGAAGGCACUGAAUUGGGUUUUCUGGAAGCACUACUGUUUAGAGCCGCUUUUACAAUUAAAAGGCGAACAAAUCCCAAUUUUCCAUUUGUUUUGGAAAUGCCCCGAGGUAAACAAAUUCUUCAAAUAGAAUGUAUUUUGGUAUCCGUCCUCUAAUUUACACCUUGGUUCACGUUUUCCUUCUUUUCACAUUUCUUUCUUACUAAAUAUUUCAAGAUCAAAAAUAAUGUUUUGCCAUGUUAUUUUUUUCUUUCUCUUUCCUUCAUGCUCCAUUUAACUUUAAUCCGUUUUUUGUUGCAAAAUCAUUUUGGUCCCUCCUUUCCACUAAUUUCAAGUGUGACAUCCACUUCCCUUGUUUGAUGACAUCGGAUUCCAUGUAAAGGAAUACAAUUUCAAUUGUACUUAGCACUCCCAUACAAGUAUUCAUACAAUUUAUUUGCAGUGUUAUGACAGAUGCAGAGGAAGGCUCGUCGAAACAGGUGAGCAUUCCUGUCGAGGAUCAGAUCAGCGACAUCAAGGAGUAUGAACAAGAUGACCUCGAAGCCCGAAUGCCUCAGGAAAAGGCGUCGUUGAAGGGAUCCGUAAGGGCCGAGGUUUGUUUUUGGUUUCAGGACUACUUUUCUUUUGUUAUCUCCACUUUGCUUAUUAUUUUUAUGUAUUUUUGAUUAUUUUUCUUAUCAAGAAUGGCCGAAUUCUGAUGUAUAACAUAACUUUUAAGGAUCAGAUUCUCCGAUUGAGUAUUGGAGGCUCCAGUUAUCGAAUUCGGACCAGAUCUAUUCUAAAAUAUGGUCCGACGACGCUGCUGGGACGAUUGUGUAGGAUGGACCACGAGCAUCGAAGACAAUGGGCGGAUGGGUACUUCGAAGAUUCGGAUGAAUACUUCUUCGAACGGGUGCCCAGGUAAUUUUUAGUUCCAUUUCCACCUGAACAGGUGGUCUUUGAGGUUGCAAAAGUCGCACUUCGGGGAGUUUAUGUCAAGCGUUUUGAAUUUCAAAGACGUGAUCGAAGACGUCCCUCAGGCAACGUUUUUGGGCCAAAAAUUGUUUUGAAAAUUGAGAUUUUGUAAAGCGACAAAGGGAUCAGUAGAAUAUCGCAUAACUCGAGUGACAGAUGGCGGUAGAAAGGGGAAACGUUCAAGAUUCCGCAUUCUUCCAUGACGUCAUUCUUUUACGCAACAUUACAUAAGGAACACAAGAUGAUGCAAGCAAUUACGUAACCGAAACAGUGACCACAUUUUAAUAUAAAUCUUUCAGGUAUUUCGAUCCUAUUUACGACUUUUAUGCCGCAGGUAAACUCCAUGUUCCCAAGGAUCUCUGCUUCGAGAAAUUCAUGUCUGAACUCAGGUUUUGGGCCGUUUCCAAGGCCAAGAUGGACGAUUGUUGCUCCCCCUUUGCUCAGUACUGUCUUAUGAGGAAAUUACCCACAGAUCAUCCAGUAAGUUCAAUAGGAUUGUCAAAAAACUCAUCUCUUAUAAUUUUAUUUACUCAAAAUCAUUAAAUACAAGUAUACUGAUCGAAAUUAUAUUACACUAUAGAUAAAAUCUCUUCCAGGAGCAAUCAGACUUUGACGUUGAAGCCGAGAAGGCGAUCCCUUCCUUCCUGCGCGGCCAGAGACUGGACCCUUUAAGUUGGAAGAGUGACCUCGUCCCUGUAUCCCCUUAGGCAAUUAAUAUGAUCCCUUAUUAAUUUUAGUCCACUUUCCCGAACCUUAUCCAAAUAACCGAAUAAUAAUAAUAUUAUCAUCCUCCUUCUGCCCCAUUAAUCCCAUUAUAAUUGUUAUCCUUGUUUUAGGAGAAAGAUCAUUUCAUUGGAUUGAGAUGUGCCAAGGUGAGAAGGAGGCUUUGGUUGGUGUUGGAAGGGCAUUCCAAUUCGAAAUGGUGGAAGUUCUUCGAGGUCACGUCCACUUCUUUUGUUGUUCUAAGCAUCACCGCACUCAUAAUGGGAUCGAUCCCCGAAUUCCAAGUGCCCGGCAAUAUGCUCAGUGAUGGGACCCCGCCAACGUAAGCGUGGUUCGAUAAUCUCACGCACAUCUGAUCCUUUUGCAUUUUCUAUUUCUAAUUUUGAUAUUAUUCUAGGCCCGCUGCAACCUACCCAACAUAUCCAAAAGUGGCCGGGUAUACGGUAUCCACAACUACAGUAAUCAAAGAGGGCGAGGACAUGCGACCCGAAAUGGUGGAGCAUCCCGUCUUCAACUACGUGGAGAACAUUUGUGUAAUCUACUUCACAUUAGAGUAUGUUCUGCGGUUGUGGGUGGCGCCAAGGAAAUUGGCCUUUGUGAAGGAGUUCUUGAACAUCAUCGACCUUCUGGCCAUCACCCCCUUCAUCUUCGAGAUCAUUCUCAUCCUGGUAGGGAUCAGUGGAGACAAAGUUCGCAAGGUCCGAUGGGCUUUCUUAACCGUCCGAUUACUGCGAGUACUGCGAGUUGUAAGGAUUGCCAAGUUGGGUCGAUUCUCUCCCGGGUUGGCCAACUUUGCAUUGACACUACGGAAGAGCAAGAAGCAGAUGCAGAUGGUGUUCAUUGUCAUGCUGACCGUGAUGAUCUUCUUCUCCACGCUGGUUUAUUUCCUCGAAAGGGAUGAACCUAAUACAACAUUCACCUCAAUCCCCGCCGCCUUUUGGUGGUGUUUGUUCUCACAAACCAAAUGGGUCCCUCAGACGGCUGGUGGGUCUAUUUAAAGAUGUUUUCCGUGAAAUCAAAUAUCUUAAUUUAAUAUUUUUAUAUUAUCCAUGACGAUCCCUUAAUUUCAGCCGGGAAGUUGGUGGGAGGUGGAGCCAUUGUUUGCGGUGCUAUGGUCCUCGCAUUACCUGUUACAAUCAUGGUGAGUUAUACUCCAAGCAUUGAUUACAUCCUCUUCAGAUCAACAAUUUCUUGACCGUUGUCAAAUUGCGAGAAGAGAAAGUAAUAAAGAAGUAUGCUCAACAAAGAGGCGAUCAAGUCUAA